UUCCCUUUUUUGAGGAGGGGAGCAGAAGAGGCGCUUUUUCCACUGAAAUUCCUUUCCUUGUAUGUAGAUACCAGGAGGAAACUCAGCACUGGGCAUGUUCGGAUGUGGAAUGGUUUUGCUGAUAAGCAACAGCCUCCCGGAACCGAAGACUUAAAAUAGUCGCCUCCCCUCCCACCCCCACCCCCCCGCAGGAGCUGCAAAUGGUAUCUGCCAAACAGAUGACAAAGUACCUUGGACUGAAUCACACACAGACAGCAUUUUGAGCCGAACGCACGGCCCAACUCUUGUAAUUACUGUUUAUAGCUGGCCGAGGCUGGCCAGGAGAGGGCAAACCCAAGAGGAAACAAGUUUCCUGAACCUUGGAGAAAUGGCUGUGUGGUAAUUAAAGGCUAGGACGGGUACUUCUCACUCAUGCUCCAAGUUGUGGAGAUCACAGUUGGCAGCACGCUUCCUCUGGAGGGAGCGAGUAGAUAAUUGGGAUCUUUUUUGUCUUUUUUUUUUCUUUUUUUCUUUUUUUUUUUUUUCUCUUUUUUGCCCCCUCUCUGUUUUGGCCUUAUGGCCUUGAACCCGCAGUGAAUUGAAGCGAGAAAGAAAUGGAUAUGUCUGACCCCAAUUUUUGGACUGUGCUCUCAAACUUUACUUUGCCUCAUUUGAGGAGUGGCAACAGGCUUCGGCGAACACAAAGUUGCCGAACCAGCAACCGGAAAAGCUUGAUAGGCAAUGGACAGUCCCCAGCACUGCCUCGGCCCCACUCACCUCUCUCUGCUCAUGCAGGAAAUAGCCCUCAAGAUAGUCCAAGGAAUUUCUCCCCCAGUGCCUCUGCCCAUUUUUCAUUUGCACGGAGCAGGACUGAUGGACGCCGCUGGUCCUUGGCUUCGCUCCCCUCCUCUGGUUAUGGGACAAACACGCCCAGCUCCACGGUCUCUUCAUCCUGUUCCUCCCAGGAGAAGUUGCAUCAGUUACCAUAUCAACCAACACCAGAUGAAUUACACUUCUUAUCAAAACAUUUUUGUACCACUGAAAGCAUCGCCACGGAGAACAGAUGCAGGAAUACGCCCAUGCGCCCCCGUUCCCGAAGUUUGAGCCCUGGCCGUUCUCCCGCCUGCUGUGACCAUGAAAUAAUUAUGAUGAACCAUGUCUACAAAGAAAGGUUCCCGAAGGCUACAGCUCAGAUGGAAGAGCGCCUAAAGGAAAUUAUCACCAGCUACUCUCCGGACCACGUUCUUCCCCUAGCAGAUGGAGUGCUUAGUUUCACUCACCAUCAGAUUAUUGAACUGGCUCGAGAUUGUUUGGAUAAAUCCCACCAGGGUCUCAUCACUUCACGAUACUUCCUUGAAUUACAGCACAAAUUAGAUAAGUUGCUCCAGGAGGCUCACGACCGUUCAGAAAGUGGAGAGCUGGCAUUUAUUAAACAACUAGUUCGGAAGAUCCUAAUUGUUAUUGCCCGCCCUGCUCGGUUAUUAGAGUGCCUGGAAUUUGAUCCUGAAGAAUUUUACUACCUAUUGGAAGCAGCAGAAGGCCAUGCAAAAGAAGGACAGGGUAUUAAAACUGACAUUCCUCGAUACAUCAUUAGCCAGCUGGGCCUCAAUAAGGACCCUCUGGAAGAAAUGGCUCAGUUGGGAAACUAUGAUAGCGGGACAGCAGAAACACCAGAAACAGAUGAAUCAGUGAGUAGCUCUAAUGCUUCCCUAAAACUUCGAAGGAAACCUCGGGAAAGUGAUUUUGAAACGAUUAAAUUGAUCAGCAAUGGAGCCUAUGGGGCAGUCUACUUUGUUCGACACAAGGAAUCCCGGCAGAGGUUUGCCAUGAAGAAGAUUAAUAAACAGAAUCUCAUCCUCCGCAACCAGAUCCAGCAGGCCUUUGUGGAACGGGAUAUCCUGACUUUUGCAGAAAACCCUUUUGUUGUCAGCAUGUAUUGCUCCUUUGAGACAAGGCGCCACUUGUGCAUGGUCAUGGAAUAUGUGGAAGGGGGCGACUGUGCUACCUUGAUGAAGAACAUGGGUCCUCUCCCUGUUGAUAUGGCUAGGAUGUACUUCGCCGAGACAGUCUUGGCCUUGGAAUAUCUACAUAAUUAUGGAAUUGUUCAUAGAGAUUUGAAACCCGACAAUUUGUUGGUCACCUCGAUGGGACACAUAAAGCUGACAGAUUUUGGAUUAUCCAAGGUGGGACUAAUGAGCAUGACGACCAAUCUUUACGAGGGUCACAUUGAAAAGGAUGCUCGAGAGUUCCUGGACAAACAGGUCUGUGGGACACCUGAAUACAUCGCACCAGAAGUGAUUCUGAGGCAGGGCUAUGGGAAGCCAGUGGACUGGUGGGCCAUGGGGAUUAUCCUCUAUGAAUUUCUGGUUGGAUGCGUGCCAUUCUUUGGGGACACUCCAGAAGAGCUAUUUGGACAAGUCAUCAGUGAUGAGAUCAACUGGCCUGAAAAGGAUGAGGCGCCACCACCCGAUGCCCAGGAUCUGAUUACUUUGCUUCUCAGACAGAAUCCCCUGGAGAGACUGGGAACAGGUGGUGCAUAUGAAGUCAAACAGCAUCGAUUCUUCCGUUCCUUAGACUGGAACAGUUUGCUGCGACAGAAGGCAGAAUUCAUUCCCCAACUGGAAUCCGAAGAUGACACAAGUUAUUUUGAUACUCGAUCAGAGAAGUACCAUCAUAUGGAGACUGAGGAAGAAGAUGACACAAAUGACGAAGACUUCAACGUGGAAAUAAGGCAGUUUUCUUCAUGUUCCCAUAGGUUUUCAAAAGUGUUCAGCAGUAUAGAUCGAGGUACUCAGAAUUCAGGGGAAGAGAAGGAAGACCCUGGGGAGAAAACCAAAAACACCACGUUGCCGUCCACGGAAACAUUAAGCUGGAGUUCCGAGUAUUCUGAAAUGCAACAGUUAUCCACAUCCAACUCUUCAGAUACUGAAAGCAACAGACAUAAACUCGGUUCUGGCCUGCUUCCCAAACUGGCGGUUUCAGCAGAGGCAGAACAAGAUGUGGCGGCUCCCCACCCCAGAGAGCUGCACGAGGAACCAGAAAAGCCAGCCCUUCCUCCUGCAGAGAGUGCUCAGGAGGAGCCUGAGGUCAGCACCCCAGCCAGUACCAUCAGCAGCUCCACCCUAUCAGUUGGCAGUUUUUCAGAGCACUUGGAUCAGAUAAAUGGACGAAGCGAGUGUGUGGACAGUACAGAUAAUUCCUCAAAGCCCUCCAGUGAACCCGCUCCUCACAUGGCUCGGCAGCGAUUAGAAAGCACAGAGAAAAAGAAAAUCUCGGGGAAAGUCACAAAGUCCCUUUCUGCCAGUGCUCUGUCCCUCAUGAUCCCAGGAGAUAUGUUUGCUGUUUCUCCCCUGGGAAGUCCAAUGUCGCCCCAUUCCCUGUCUUCAGACCCUUCUUCUUCACGGGAUUCCUCUCCCAGCCGGGAUUCUUCGGGCGCUUCCGCCAGCCCACACCAGCCUGUUGUGAUCCAUAGUUUGGGGAAGAACUACGGCUUCACCAUCCGAGCCAUCCGGGUGUACGUCGGGGACAGUGACAUCUACACAGUGCAUCAUAUUGUUUGGAAUGUAGAAGAAGGAAGUCCAGCUUGCCAGGCAGGACUGAAGGCUGGGGAUCUGAUCACCCACAUCAACGGAGAACCCGUGCACGGCCUCGUCCACACAGAAGUUAUAGAGCUCCUGCUAAAGAGUGGAAAUAAGGUGUCAAUCACGACCACCCCAUUUGAAAACACAUCCAUCAAAACGGGUCCAGCCAGGAGAAACAGCUACAAGAGCCGGAUGGUGAGGCGGAGCAAGAAAUCUAAGAAGAAGGAAAGUCUAGAAAGGAGGAGAUCCCUUUUCAAAAAACUAGCCAAGCAGCCUUCUCCUCUACUCCACACCAGCCGAAGUUUCUCCUGCCUGAACCGAUCCCUGUCAUCGGGGGAGAGCCUCCCGGGGUCACCCACACACAGCUUGUCUCCCCGAUCCCCUACGCCCAGCUAUCGCUCCACCCCCGACUUCCCAUCUGGUACUAACUCCUCCCAGAGCAGCUCCCCAAGCUCUAGUGCCCCCAACUCCCCAGCGGGGUCAGGACACAUCCGGCCCAGCACCCUCCACGGUCUGGCCCCCAAACUCAGCGGGCAGCGAUACCGGUCUGGAAGACGGAAGUCGGCAGGCAGCAUCCCUCUCUCCCCAUUGGCCCGGACGCCCUCUCCAACGCCACAGCCCACCUCCCCUCAGCGGUCACCGUCCCCUCUGCUGGGACACUCCCUUGGCAAUUCCAAGAUCGCCCAAGCCUUUCCCAGCAAAAUGCACUCCCCUCCCACCAUCGUCAGACACAUUGUGAGGCCCAAGAGUGCAGAGCCCCCACGGUCCCCACUGCUCAAGCGCGUGCAAUCGGAGGAGAAGCUCUCUCCCUCCUACGGCAGUGACAAGAAGCACCUGUGCUCCCGAAAGCACAGCCUGGAGGUCACCCAGGAGGAGGUGCAGCGGGAGCAGUCCCAGCGGGAGGUGACCUUGCAGAGCCUGGAGGAGAAUGUGUGUGAUGCGCCAGCCCUGAGCCGGGCCAGGCCAGUGGAGCAAGGCUGCCUGAAGCGCCCUGUGUCCCGGAAGCUGGGCCGCCAGGAGUCUGUGGAUGAGCUGGACCGCGAGAAGCUGAAGGCCAAGGUGGUGGUGAAGAAACCUGACGGGCUCUCGGAGAAACUGGAAUCCCGCCAGAAAGCCCACGGUCUUGGCAGUGACUUGGAAAACCUCUCUGCUUUUAGACUAGAAGAGCGAGAGAAGAAAAUCUAUCCAAAGGCCUCGGAGAGGUCAAAUCAUUUUGAAAACAAAGCAGCCAUGCAGGAGACCCAGGCCCCAGGCAGCCUGCUAAAAGAUGCUCUCCACAAGCAGGCCAGCGUGCGGGCCAGCGAGGCUGUCACCUCUGAGGGGGUGGCAGCACCAGGGGACCACAGCCAGAGCACCUGUGACCUCAAACGAGCCUCGGCUCAUAGCAGCCUCCAAGAUGGUGUGUGUCACGCCACCCACAGGCCCACCUCUGGGAAGGGUGACAACAAGGAGAAGGCCCCCCAGGCCAAGGAAGGCCUCCGGUGUGAGAAAUUAGACAGCAAGCUGGCCAACAUUGAUUACCUCCGAAAGAAAAUGUCCCUUGAAGACAAAGAUAAUGGCCUCUGCCCUGUGCUCAAGCCCAAGGUGACACAGGGUGCCCACGAGUGCCUGCCAGGGAACGCGGGCCGGCCCGCGGGAGGGCAGCAGGAGGCCUCACCAGCCUCCGAACAGCGCCCACGCAGCAGCGUCCACGCAGCUCAGAUCAGCUCCGUCUCCUUUGUCCCCCUCAAGGCCCUGGCUGGCCGGGUGGAGGGUGGAGUUGAGAAGCCUGGCUUGGCCGCUCCUGAGUCACCUGUCCGGAAAAGCCCCUCCGAGUAUAAGCUGGAAGGGAGGUCUGUGUCGUGCCUGAAGCCCAUCGAGGGCACUUUGGAUAUUGCCCUCCUGUCUGGACCGCAGGCCUCCAAGAUGGAGCUGCCUUCCCCGGACCUGGCGCAGAGCCCCAGCCCAGGCAGUGACCUGGGGCCCCCUAUGCCACUAAUUGCUCCCAGCAGUGGGAUGAGGAAGGGUGAAGCCAUGGGUCAGAGGGAACCCUCCGCUGCCGGCUUCAAGGUAAACAAAUCCUACCUGCUCGAUCCUCGGUUCCCGCCCCCCAGCCGGAGUCUGCAGGGUUCACCCGCAGGCCCCCUGCCUGACCCAGAGCUGAAGCUGGACAGGAAGGUGUCCCACACAGCCAGGCCCCCGGCCGCCAUCAUGGAAAGCCAUUCCCAGCGGGGAGAGGGCAGCCCCAGCCAACACCAAGACCUCAGCCCUGACAUUAAGCUCCUUCCCUCCCUGGGCCAGACCCUCCACAGCGCCAACCCAUCCAGAGUGCGCAGCCCGCUGCUAUCUGACGGUGCCACCUCCAGGGAGAAGCCCAACGGGAGGGAGGUGUCCGAAAGGGGCCCUUCCACAGCCAGAAAUGAGCGGUUGGCUGUGAGGGCCGACGUCUGCAGAGACCCCUCCAAGGAGCUGUACCCACCAGAAGCUGCUAAAACCAACGACAACUCCAAAGCCCUUCCCACUGUGGGGAGGACCCACCCAGAUGUCUGCACCCAGACCCCGGUUGUGGAGAAGGCAUGCGGGCCUUAUGGGAAGACACACCCCAAAGACAGCCGAGAUGAGGUGAGGCUGCCGGCCAGAGAGGACUCCUCUUUGCACUCAGCAGGGGCUUCUCAUGAGAAGGAGCUGGGCAGGGGUAAGAGUGGCCUGGAAUCUAAGCCAGAAGCUGCUCCUGCCAGGUGGUCUCUGGAGCCACCAGGAACAGGGAGUGGAAAGAGUGAGAAGCUCUCCAGUUGCUCAUCUUCACAGAAAGAUGGUCCCAAGGAACCAGAAAGGAAAGAACAGUCCCUGCAGAAGCAUCUCAGCAGUACCUCUCAGCCCCCACCCACCACCAAAGAGCUGCCCAGCCUGGCCACUUGGCAGCACUGCAGUCCACCAAGCCACCCUGUGGGUAGAGAGCCAGGGAGCAAGCCCUGCACUGCAGACCCCAGCUCCGGACUCCAGGACCCUCCCAAGCCGGUUCCUGCAGUGCAUGGUGAAAGCAGCAGCCACAAGCCCAGGCCUGGCCCUGACCCAGGCCCUCCAAAGUCUAAGCAUCCAGACAGGUCACUCGCCUCCCAGAAGCAUAGCCUGGGGGCUGCCGUGGGCAAAGAACCUGGUGCUCAGCCCCUGGGGGUGGAGGGGAAGGGCAUCAGUAAGGGCGUGUCGGAGGUAGUCCCUGCCCUCCCAGGCCCCCAGAACACGGCCAGCAACGUGAUUGGCCAGGGAGGAAGCGGGCCCUCAGCCCCCCUGCACCCGGAAGGAUGUCCUCUAGACACCAAGGUGAGACCCACCGGCGGGGGGCGUCCCCCAGAGGUGGCGAUGGAGAAGCCAGGGCAUCCGCCACGGCAAGGACCCACAGGGGCCAGUGAAUCGGUGGACCAGAAACUUCCCACUGUCGGGGAAAAGCAAAAUCCGUCUCCAAAGCCCCCCAAACCAUCCACUGUGAAAGACUGUCCCCCUCUGUGCAAACAGACAGACAGGAGCCCGAGUCCACUGGCCACUAGCACUGACAGAAAGGCUGAAGGGAAGAAAUGCACCGAAGCACUUUACACCCCGGUGGACAGCGGGAAGCCCGGGGCCAGCCUUGCCCCCGCGCUCUGCGAAGCCAGGCCAAAGGGCACGGACAGGCUGGCAGCAGCUGUGGGGAAGGGCUGUCCAGAGGCCAAGGGGAAAGGGCCGGGUCCCCAGAAGCCACUGGCCGAGGCGGGCAAGCCCAGCGGCAUGAAACGGUCGCCCUCGGCCACGGUUCAGGGUUCUAUCCACUGCGCUACCCUCCCCGAGAAGUCUCUGAGUUACUCCUCAGGCUUCCCCGAGGCGAGACCUGCAGUUUCAGAGGCCCCCACAACCUUCAGCGACACCUCCUCUGCCAAGGCCGGCGGGGCCGCGGCUGAGCCCCCAGCCUCCAGCAGCAGGGACCAUCGGAAGCCCCUGCCUGGCAGCGAUGGCAGAACCCAAAUGACAAAAAGUGACUCCUUGCCCUCCUUCCGCAGCUCAGCCAUCACUCUGGAUUCGUAUCACCCCAACCCAGGUGGGACAGGGGGCGCCGGCCCCUGGGACAGGGCCCUCUCGGGAACGGCCACAGUGGGAGAAACCAAAGGGAAAGAGCCUGCCCUCGCCGCCCAGCCAGCUCAGACUAGGAAACAGAAUGUGGGCAGAGAGGUGGCCAAGCCGUCCCCAGCUCCAAGCUUGGAGCGCCCCGUCGCCCUUCCUUCUGAGAAGGACUCUGGGGUGCGGCAGAGGCGGGGGAAAGAGAGUUUGCGCAGCAGCCCCCACAAAAAGGCCUCGUGAUGGGGCAGGCCUGGGGCGGGACCUGGAGACCCGGCCUGCGCCUGUUCCUGCGUCUUGACUCCCUUGGAAACCAGCACUGUGGGAAAGCCCCCCAGGCAGAGCCUGGAGCCUCAUUGACGAGGAGGGAGAAGAGGUGAAAGAGAGGGAGACCUUCUUCCAAUUGCCUUCCCAGUUGUAACCGGUAAACUCUUACCAGAUAGUGUUUGUAUAAAAGGACAAAAAAAAAAAACAAAAAAACGAACCCCACAAAAACCAAAUCUUUACGGUUGAGGUUGAGGAUUGUUGAGGAAAAAGGUUUUUCUCUGUAAAUAUCUAGCAAUGUGUUUGGUUUGGGAUGUAGAGUUGAUACCUUGCUGCUGAUGGCGUCAUUUACUACAGGCUUUUUUUUUUUUUUUUUUAAGACUUUUGCUUUACCAUUGAUCAUAAUGUAGUAGUGAAGCAAAAUGGUUAAAACUGGGUGUAUGUGGAACUAUAGCUACACCCAUAUUCGUGUAUAUACACAUCCACCCACAUGUUUUGGUCUGUGGUUGAAAAGAAUAUUUCAAGGCUACGUUUUUCUAAGUUAAAAACAUUCUUAGUAGAGUUGAUGAUGAAAGAACGCCGGAAAUACACCAGAUUGUGAGUUUUAAUGUGUAUUUUUAACUGGAGAGCUUGACAGUAUUGUAUCUGGCUGCAUAUAUUUCCAGAUCCAAAGUAAGAACUGCCCGCCUCACUGCUUUUGGAAUCCUCCUCCAUCAGGAAUGGCCAGAACAGAUGGAGCUAGCCGUUUUCAUUUCACGGUCAUUCUGAUGACCGUUUGGAUCCUGGGUCCAGCUGUCUGAAAGGCCAGUUAUCCUUAUCUGUGGGUGUGUGUGUCGGCUCUUCACCGUAGGUAGAACGGGGCUAUAAACUCACAUAGACUUGACUUCUGUUCUCUUGCUUUCCCUCCUUUUCAUGCUUUUAAACUCAGGCCUUUAUGCUAUGAGUCACGAGUCCAAGAAGCACACAUUUUGUAGUAGUUCUGCACUAGCCCUGCUGUUGAACAAAAAGGAAAAUUACUGGCUGCACACAAAGCUGCUAGUACUUAGGUUGAAUAAUAAGCAUCAGGCAUUGGAAGAGGUUCUCAAUUUGCUUUUUUGAGGAAAGGUGGGGGGAGGGGUGGAUUUUGGCAUCAUAGCAUAUAUAUUAAGAAAUAAUCAGGACAUCAAAUACAUUUUAAUACAUAGCUGGGGCCUUAUGUUGUAGAUGAAGCUUGCUGUUUUUAGCAAGUUCCUGGGUUUCACAUUCGUUUCUGAUGCAUCAAGUAGCUCCAUACAUUUCAUAACAGGAUCUCUUUAUUUGUAUGCAAAAAAAAAAAAUACUGUAUUAAUAAAGAGCAGCAUUUUUGUAACAAAAAGACUUAUUGGAGCUAUUUGGUGCUUGAAUGUGACUGUCCUUUUUACUUUUGCUAAGCCUUAUUUAAAUUUUGUAUACCAUGGAAUAUGUAGAACUUGUCGAAUCAUUUUAGUGCUGAGGGGGUCUUUUUGUUUGUUUUUUGUUGCAGUUUUCCUGGUGGCUUGUUUUGUAUUGUAAGACAGCACUUGCUGACAUAAGUACUAAGGCACUAAGAGAAAACACACACAGAUAAGUAUUUAUAAGAUGCUUGGGACUGAUAGGAGGAUUUUUUGUUUGAUUUUGUAAGAGAAAAAAAAUCGAUGAAACCAUGCUAAUCCAGCACCCAACCCCCCUCCCCAUGGGGAUGUCUUAGAAUCUUCAGCUAUAAAAUCGUUCACCUAAGCACAGCAUCACCUUACAGCCCUGUGGAUUAUAAAUCAUUUAGCAAGGCUGUAAACUCCACUCCCAAAACAAAGAUAUAACUUAACCAACUGCUCGGUUGUCCUUCAUUGUAAAAUGAGCUGGCAACAGCAGGAACAAAAAAGAAAAAAGUCUCCUCCUUGCCCCUAAUUUUUUUCUCCCAUGUGGUUUUAGCCAUUCCCCAUCACUGUGUUGUGAAUUGUAGAAGAAACAAAUAUUUUGAAAGAACUUAAAUGGGUUUCAAAAAUGGUCUCAACAUUUAUAAUUCAUACCUGUAUUUGGCAGUUGUCAUAACCCAGUCCUUCUGCACUCAGACAUCUAGACAGGUCUGUCGGGGAAGUAGUUGACGGUUUACAGCCUUUGCUUUUUAACUGUUCAGUUCCCUUUAAAGCACAACUAGCUGCUUGUUUACAGAUGAUAUUUUUAAUGUAUAUUUUGUAUAGUGUAUUAUCAUUUUUGCCAAAUAUGUUUUUGCAUUUUGGAUGGCUAUGGAGUACCUAAGGUUGCAUUCAUGUAAUACCUGUUUGUUGUUGUAAACCUCUCCAUUCAGCUGGUAGAAAUUCUCCUGUGUUCUACUUGGUCGGUCUCCUGUGAUUGUUAAGAUGUGCUCCUCGGUAGUCCUCCCAGCUGUAGAUUUACCAGCUUAAAAGUUUGUUAGGAUCUGUGCAAUAAAGUGUUUGCAGUCUUAUUUUCUCUAAGAAAUUCCCUAUGGAUGUCAUAAUUGUUGUAUAUUGAACAAAUAUUUAUACUUAUGCAUUUGCAUAACAUUGAAAUAAAAAUU